UAACAAACCAUGUUUGAACAGUAGGUUUGUCCGUGGAAUCCUCCCUUCAGAGGUUUGUUCAGGCCUAGCAAUGUAGACCCCAACCCAUAAUCCUCCUGCAGACACACCUGUAGAGGAGAGUAUAAAGACCCUGGACUGAACUGAGUCAAACAUCAAGCUUCAAGGAGUCUCUCCACAGCAGCUCUUCAGAGAAGCUCCACAGCCUCCAGACCGACCAUGAAGAUGACUCCCUCUGCCAGCCUGCUGCUGCUGCUCCUGCUCGGCCUCUCUCAGGCACUUCCUCUCCAGGAGGAAGGAGGUGAAGAAGAAGAAGUCCCAGACACUGUCGACAUCACCACCAGGAUUCUGACCUCCAACAAUGGCACCAAUGAGAUCCUGCUGGAAGGAGACAUUGCGGUUCCCAGAACCAGAAACGCCAUGAUGUGCUGGUCCCAGAACUGCCUGUGGAGGAAAUCCUCCAACGGCUUGGUGAUGAUCCCCUUCACCGUGAGCAGCGAGUUCACCAGUUUGGAGAGGCAGAAGAUCGACUAUGCCAUGGAGGCCUUCCACAGCAAGACCUGCCUCCGCUUCGUCCCCCUUCAGAACGAGUACGACUACAUCAGCAUCGAGAACAGAGCCGGAUGUUUCUCCUCUCUGGGCAGAACUGGAGGCAGUCAGGUGCUUUCUCUCAACAGGCAGGGCUGCCUCUACCACGGCAUCAUCCAGCACGAGAUCAACCACGCUCUGGGCUUCCAGCACGAACAGACCAGGAGCGACCGCGACAACUACGUCAGCAUCAACUGGCAGAACAUCAACCCGCAGAUGGCCUACAACUUCUACAAGCAGGCCACCAACAACCUGAACACUCCCUACGACUACUCCUCCAUCAUGCACUAUGGAAGGACAGCCUUCUCCAUCCAGUACGGGAAGGACUCCAUCACCCCCAUCCCCGACCCCAACGUCCAGAUCGGCCAGAGGCAGGGCAUGUCCUACUGGGACAUCGAGAGGAUCAACGCGCUCUACGGCUGUUAAUAAUAAUGCUGAUGCUAAAUGCAAAAAUUUCCCACUUUUUUCUGUUUCUUUUUCUCUCUAAUUAAUAAAAGGUUGCCGUAACGUCUCAAUACUGAAUGUUUCACUUUCUUUCACCAUAUUAUUUCAA